UCGAUAAAUCUUCAUCUUGAGAAAUCGCGCGUCUCCGGUUUUCCCCGGAUUAUCGGAUUAACACACAAACGCGCGAUAAGCCUGUGACCGCGCGAGAUCGCAAAAAUCCCUCUCCCCUUUCCAGAAAAGGGUGCUUGGUACGGAAUUGCAAAAUCGCUUCGACACUCUCCCUGCCCCCUCCAUCUAAAACGACGUCCAGACGCCCGGCAAAUUUUGAAGACCGGAAGACGCGGCUGUCACGCACAACGUUAAAUCAAGGCUGCAUGGCAACACCGUUGAAAACGUAAGAAAAUGUCCAGGAAGCGCACCAGGGAGGAAACUAUGCUGACUACUGUGCCCCACCAGAAUAGCGUUAAUGGAGAAAGUGCGUCCUGCUCCAGGGAAAAUUCUCCGUUUCACGCUAACUGUAUUAAACAAACAAUGACUUGGGGAUCCAAGCAGAAUUGUAACGGAGGUAGCAGUACAAAUUUAAUGUUUCUAAAGGACUAUAAUGAUCAAAUUUCUGUUUGUCAGGAAAGAUUACCAUCAAUCUGUAAAGAAGCACCUUUUAGUGACGAUUCAGAUGCUAUCGUAGAGAGGAAUGCUUGCGAUUAUAAUACGCGAAUUACUUUAAAACAAGCAAGAAGUGGCAAAGUUCCUAGAAAAAUUAGAGUUUAUGCCGACGGUAUUUAUGAUCUCUUCCACCAAGGACAUGCACGGCAACUUUUACAGGCUAAAAAUAUUUUUCCAAAUGUUUAUCUUAUUGUUGGAGUAUGUAAUGAUGAAUUAACACAUAGCAAAAAAGGAAGAACUGUAAUGACGGAUUUGGAAAGGUAUGAUGCUGUUAAACAUUGUAGAUACGUAGAUGAGGUUGUUCGAGAUGCACCCUGGGAACUAGAUGAUGAAUUUAUAAAAAAGCAUAAGAUAGACUUUGUUGCUCAUGACGAUAUACCAUAUGUGACAGAUGAUUCAUCAGACGUUUAUGCUAAAUUAAAAGCUAAAGGUAUGUUUGUAGCCACACAGAGAACAGAAGGGGUUUCCACGUCGGAUAUAGUUGCGAGGAUAGUCAAGGAUUAUGACAUAUACGUUAGAAGAAAUCUCGCACGGGGGUACAGUGCAAAGGAACUUAAUGUGUCUUUUCUCAAUGAGAAAAAGUUUCGCCUACAAAACAAAUUUGAUGAUCUAAAAGAUAAAGGGAAACGAGUAAUGGAAAAUAUUGGUGAGAAACGAAUGGAUAUGAUAAGCAAAUGGGAAGAGAAAUCUCGGGAUUUUAUUGAUGCCUUCCUUCUACUCUUCGGCAGAGAAGGCAGAUUGUCAACAAUUUGGAAUGAAAGUAAAGGACGCUUAAUGCAAGCGUUAUCUCCACCAGCGAGUCCGAAAAGGGAUAGUAGUCCAAGUAGUAGUAAUAGCAGCCAUGAUGAAGAUCAAGCAAGUCCACCACCAAAGAAAACAGGACGUUUUGAGUUUUCACAAAAUAAUCACUAUUUAAGUGAUGAUUAUAGUGAUGAUGAAGAAGAACAUCUACACUCCAAAUGAUAACUAAUUAAAAAUGCAUAUUCUUUCUGACCAAAAUAAACGUGCAAUUUUUAUUUAUUACCUUGAAAGUUUUUAGAUGUAUUUUCAUACACAAACUGCUGAUGAUGAUAUGCUUAAUGGAUUUUGUAUGAUAUUAACUAACACUAUAUAUUAAACAAAAUUACCUGUUGUGAUGUGAGAGUUUAGUGUGUUUUUGCAGAUUUUAUUAAUUACAUAAAAAUGAUAAUGGAUGAUACAUGUAGAUUAUCUGAGCCAUGUAUUACUCAAAUUUUUUUUUUAGUGUUCUUGCUUUUGAGAUAUCAUUACACCGCUUAGUUCCUAUGUUAC